AUGUCUCAAAGGGAUACCGCGAUACAUCUUGUUGCUGGAGGAUUGGCUGGGACUGCUGGUGCAGUAGUUACAUGUCCAUUGGAAGUAGUGAAAACUCGGCUCCAAUCAUCAAAGGGGGUUGGUAUACCACAACCACCUCCACAUUCAGGCACUGCAAGCACUAGGAGAGUUUGUUCAAAAAUACCAAAACAUCAGGAGGCCAAAUGGGGCUACAGGCGCACCAUGGGCGCGAUGUUCGCAUACAGCAAGCAAGCAGAUCGUAUGCUGAUGUCGUACAAUUACCAGGUGCAGCAGUGCGCUAGAGCGGGGCACGCCCGGACCACGUCCAGGAUGAGCCUUAUACAGUGCAUCAGGCACAUUGUCCAAAACGAGGGUCCGCGCGCCCUGUUCAAGGGCCUGGGGCCGAACCUGGUCGGCGUGGCGCCGUCCAGGGCGAUAUACUUCUGCACCUACUCCCAAGCGAAGGCCAUACUGAACCAACACAUACCGCCCGACACCCCAAUAGUCCACCUAUCAGCGGCGAGUGCCGCGGGUUUCGUUUCGUGCACAAUGACGAAUCCGAUUUGGUUCGUUAAGACGCGGCUGCAGUUGGACGGACAGAACAUCACCGCACUGCAGUGCAUCAAGAGGAUAUACGCCAAAACGGGGAUAAAGGGCUUCUACAAGGGAAUAACUGCCUCUUAUAUGGGCAUCAGCGAAACUGUGGUCCAUUUCGUGCUGUACGAGGGCGUGAAGGCCAGGCUCAUCGCGGCGAGGAGUGCGGACGGCGUUCCGAGCGAUCACCGCUCGCCGAGGGACUUCGUCGAGUUCAUGGGCGCUGGGGCAUUCUCCAAGACUGUCGCUUCGUGCAUCGCAUACCCACACGAAGUUGCAAGGACACGACUGAGGGAGGAAGGAGAUAAAUACCGCAAAUUCUGGCAGACCCUACAUACAGUUUGGAUGGAGGAAGGAUACCGUGGAGUUUAUAGGGGCCUUGGCACACAGUUGGUUCGCCAAAUACCUAACACAGCAAUAAUGAUGUCCACAUACGAAGCAGUUGUGUACCUGCUAACAACACAUUUCAAUAGUUCCUUCUAUGAGAAUACU